GAAUAUUGUUCACGUAUGCACUCAUGUUUUAUGUGCCAAUAGAACUGAUUUGGCCGAGGAUCGCAGCCAGGUUCGGUCCUCUGAGCAAGCCACUCCUCUCCGAACUCAUAUUUCGAAUAUUCAUGGUUUUUGUCACAAUUAGGAUAUGUGCACUGAGGAGGAGCAGAAACUUCCGUGUUAUUUAUGACGCAUGUGAAAAUCUAGUGAAAUCAAAAGCGCCAUUAAAAUGUGAAUAUGCUUUAGAUAGGAUAGACUGUUUACAAAAAAUUUCCUCAGGAGAAGCUGACUUCGGCAUACUAGAAGCCGAAGAACUACUGAUAGCAAAGAACAAUCCUAGUAUCGAGAACAUACUGAUCGUUUCCAUGUUCCAACGAUCCUCUGCUCUUAAACGCCAUGAGUAUGAAAUGGUAGCGGUUGUGACCAGCAGUAUGGACAUUGUAUCUCUGAAAGACCUCAGGAAUAGAAGAUUCUGUCACCCGGGAUAUGAUUUGGAAGGCAAUGAAGAGGACUGGAGCGAUAUUUUCUCUCUAUAUUUUGAAGAUCAAGUUGUUCCGCAAGCAUGUGAUGAGAAUCGAACUGUGGCUGAAAAUCGAGUGAAGUCGUUAGCUGAUUUCUUUGAGAUCUCAUGUAAGGCGGGUACAUGGGCUAUGGAUCCGAAAUUGGAUUCUGCUUUGAAAAGUAAGUACGGAAGCAUGUGUCAAACAUGUGAUGAGCCAGACAAGUGCACGUUCAGGGACAAGUACUGGGGCCGCAAGGGAGUGCUCAACUGCCUGUCCGACUGCAUGGGUGACGUGGCCUGGGCCAGGCUCGAUGACCUUCUCAAUCAUUUCAAAGUCUCCUCCACUUAUUCCUCAUACCUCAAUACAAACAACCUAAGAGUUUGCAAUAGAGUGAAGCUGCUUUGUCCGAACGGAACCACCCAACCUCUGCACAGUCCCAAUCCCUGUGUAUGGGUGGCCAGGCCCAAUACUGUGGUUGCAGCCAACAGUAAAAUUGCAAGUGGUGUUCAAGAGCUCAUAAAGGGUGCAUUAGUUGAUUAUACGACUGGCGAGUCUUUCAGAUCAGAUUUGAAUAAGCUAUUGGAGAAUUCACCACGACAACACAUCGAAGAGCUCAGAACUCCUGCUGAAUACCUGGAUAAUGUGCCAGGGUUCCUGAGCAGCGUCAACUCGUACCGUUGCGGCUCGAAGAGGACGAUCGAGGUGUGCGGUGUGGCGGCGCGGGAAGUGUCGCAGUGCCAGUGGCUGUCUGCGGCUGCGGCCAGCUAUGGCGUCGAACCGGACAUCCGGUGCGUCACUCCGGCCGCAGGCACCAACUGCUUCCAGGCCGUCGCCGAUGGCAAGGCCGACGUCUUCUUCACCAAUAGCGAUCAGCUCAUGGUCGCCGUCAGAGAUUAUGGUCUAGCACCACUGCUGUAUGAAACAGUGCACGAUUACCUCCAUUUCAAGUACUACGGUGCUCUGGUUGAUACUUCCGCCGGAAUACAAACUCUAGCCGAUUUGAAAGGAAAGAAAGCAUGUUUUACAAGUGUGGAUGGAGUUGGUAAGUUAACAAAUAAAAGUUCAUCCAUUAACUUGACUUAUAAAUCUCCAAAAAUGCAUCAAUUUCUUUCAGUUUCAGGAGACAAUCAUGCAGGCAACGAGAGGGAGGCUGUGGACUGCCUCAUCUCAGGAGGAGGCCAGAUAGCAAUUCUUUCUGUCGACUCAGUCAAAAAAUUCGCAUUGGCCUAUGACAUGUUCACAGAAUUUAUUAGAAAACAGAUAGGUACAAGAUUCCAAUGGCUAUGUGAGGAUAAUAGAUUACAAGAGAAACCCUGCUUUCUUACAUGGACAACUAUGGGCCAGAUUCUAGUUAAUCCCAAGCUAUCUUCAACAAGAAAAGAAGACAUCAUAUCAACUUUCAAGAACCUUGACACACUUUUUGGAGAACGGCACAAAAUUAUUGGAAGUUCUCCUUUUGCUUUUGAUAUGUUUGCGGGAUUCGAUAGCAAGGAUGACAUUUUCCAGAUGUCUGGGGAUAGCCUGGAGCUGGCAGAUUCCUAUUUGAGGAAAACACAUGCAUUGGCCGUGAGCUAUGAGUCCCAAAUCAAGGAGCUCUUGCAUUGUCAAUUGGACCAAUUUAAAUCUAACAGUAUUCCAUUGAGAGCAGCAAUAAGUUUUAGAUAUUUAUUAACAGUCUAUACCACUGUAACGUUAUUGAUGGUUUUCACAAACUCGUGAAAUAAAAUAUGUGAUAAUAUCGA